ACGAACUACAGGACUAUCAAAAUGCCGAAUCUUGAACAUUCAGCGUACCCAGCCGCUGACCUGCUUCACUUGGAAAGUUUGGUGCCUUGCCGGGAAUCCCAGGUGUCCACGUUGCUGUCAAUAUUUGGCGAGCGUCAGCAGUUUAGUUUUCCAUCCAUCUUUAUCUAUGGACGCACAUCUAGUGGAAAAACUUAUGUGAUGAAAACUCUUCUAACUACCUUACAGCUUCCUCAUGUGUUUGUGAACUGUGUGGAAUACUUUACAUCGCGACUUCUGCUAGAAGAAAUUCUCAUCCAGCUGCAAAACUGUUCGUCUGGCACAGAACAGACCUCUCCUGUGCAUUGUGAUACUUUGAACGACUUUGUUCGUCUCUUCAAACAAGCUGUGGCCAGUCAGGAGCUUCAAGAUCAAACAUUAUACAUUGUUCUGGAUAGAGCAGAACAGCUGAGGGAAAUGGAAGCGAACAUCCUGCCAGCAUUUCUUAGGCUUCAAGAGUUGACUGACAGAAAUGUGACAGUUGUUCUGCUCAGUGAAAUAGUGUGGGAACUGUUCCGUCCAAACAUUGGGUGCUUUGAGCCAUUCACCAUGUAUUUUCCAGAUUACAGCAUAGGACAUCUGCAGAAGAUCUUGUCUCAGAAUCAUCCCCCAGAAUAUUCUGCAGAUUUUUAUGCUGCAUAUAUCAAUAUUUUGCUUGGUGUCUUCUACAUGGUCUGUAGGGACCUGAAAGAACUUCGGCAUCUGGCAGCGCUCAAUUUUGCUAAAUACUGUGAGCCAGUGGUCAGAGGGGAAGCAAAUGAACGCGACACCCGCAAACUCUGGAAAAAUAUCGAACCUCAUUUGAAGAAGGCAAUGCAGACUGUUUAUCUCCGGGAAAUAUCCAGCUCACAGUGGGAGCGUUUGCAGCAUGAUGGUGGAGAGCCUGGGCAAUUGAAAGGACUUUCUGCACAUACCCAUGUGGAACUUCCUUAUUACUCCAAAUUUCUUCUAAUAGCUGCUUACCUUGCCUCCUACAAUCCUGUUAGGACAGAUAAGAGAUUCUUUCUUAAGCAUCAUGGGAAAAUUAGAAAGACCAACUUCAUGAAGAAGCAUGAGAAGACCAGCAAUCACCUACUUGGGCCAAAGCCAUUUCCCCUGGACAGAUUGUUAGCAAUAUUAUAUAGUAUUGUGGACAACAGAGUUGCUCCAACUGCAAAUAUAUUUUCCCAGAUCACCUCUCUUGUGACACUGCAGCUGUUAUCCAUGGUUGGCCAGAAUGACCAGCUUGAUGGACCACGAUACAAAUGUACUGUGUCUCUGGACUUCAUCAGAGCUAUUGCCCGAUCCAUCAGGAGAGAUGGCAAUAAUCUGCAGACAGAAAUACAUGCAAUACAAAGGCAACAAUCAGGCCUAUGUCUCCUAUUUUAUAUGUUGCUGCCACAUUAUUAGCAAGUCUUGGAUAAACAGUCUACAACCAGAACAGAGCUCAGAAAUGACGUGUGUCAAAAGGGAGAAAUGUUCUCACAGCCAGCUCUUCCCUGUAAUGUGGAACUAAGGAGGAACCUGAGGUGUAGGCUGUAUUCCAUAACUUCAGUGCACAUUACUCUCCUGAGCUAUUAAAUGUCCAGUGGCCUUGUCAGUAAAUGCAAUAGAUACACUUAUUUCAGUUUUCAGCUGGACAGACUGUAGAUGAAACUUUGUCUGGCUCUGGUCUGGCUGGACCACACUGCCAGGACCUCCACAGCUUUGCUAUGUCAGUUUGCUAUUCCCAGCAGUAAAGUCACUUUUUGAGUGAUGCCCUGAAAAAGCUCCCCCUGGAACCAAGCACAGCAGACCAUCUGCUCAGCAACAUGGAUCACUGUGUGUACAGUUAUACAUUGGGAUAUAUCCUUGAAUUGGGAUACUUUGACAGCCCUUUCCUUGCAGCUUUGACAUCCUUAGAAGUUUCAGUGACUGCAUGUCAUGUUGCUGGAAGGUAGAGACGGCCAGAAAACAGGACCAAAACUUGUGCCAUGCAGCUCAUGAUUAC